AUGGCUGCUGCUAUCGCGAGUGGGCUGAUCAGACAGAAGAGGCAGGCGCGGGAGCAGCAGUUGGAACGGCCCGCGACCAACCGACGGAGGAAGAGCCCCAACAAGAACAAGGGGCUCUGCAAUGGGAACCUGGUCGACAUCUUCUCUAAAGUGCGCAUCUUCGGCCUCAGGAAGCGGCGACUACGGAGACAAGAUCCCCAGCUCAAGGGUAUAGUGACCAGGUUAUAUUGCAGGCAGGGAUACUACUUGCAAAUGAAUCCCGAUGGCUCUCUUGAUGGGACCAAGGAUGACAGCAGUAAUUCCUCUUUGUUCAACCUUAUUCCUGUGGGCCUCAGAGUUGUCGCCAUUCAGUCCGUGAAGACAGGGUUAUACAUCGCCAUGAACGGGGAAGGCCACCUGUACACAUCAGAGCUCUUUACAGCGGAGUGCAAGUUCAAAGAGUCGGUGUUCGAGAACUACUAUGUGAUCUACUCGUCCAUGUUGUACAGACAACAGGAGUCGGGGAGAGCUUGGUUCCUAGGGCUCAACAAAGACGGCCAGGCCAUGAAGGGGAACAGAGUGAAAAAAACUAAACCAGCUGCUCACUUCCUGCCCAAGCCAUUAGAAGUUGCCAUGUACAGAGAGCCAUCGUUGCAUGAUGUUGGAGAGACGGUGCCCAAGGCGGCAGUACCUCCCAGUAAAAGCACAACUGAGCCGGCGGUGAUGAACGGAGGUAAACCUGUGAGCAAGCCCGACAAGCCCGCGACAUAG